UCCUCCGUCGUCCAUUCACGUCCGUAAUCGCGAGUUGGAAACACUACCGGUGCCCGAGCUGCGACUAUUACUGCUAUUAUUAUACUCGCCGAUAAUACUUAGCGCCGCGGCCGACGCGAACACAGCACACACGUUACAUACAUAAUUUCAAUAUAAUAUUGUAUUAUAAUAUAUACCUAUACGGCUAGUCGACGACGUGUCUUGUGCCGAAUUCAAUCGACUCGACGGAUACCACACACCACCACACGCACCGUGGUUGCCUACAUCGGCAUAGAGUAUAUAUUAUAUAUUAUAUACGCCCCCGCACUCGUCGAACCGAUCCGCCGCAUAUUUACUAAACCGCGGAUUUCCACACAAAUGACAAGAUGAAACGCAAUUGGAUCACAACGGAUCGAUUGUGGUGCCUGUUCCUGAUUCUUGCAGUCUCUCGAAUAACGGAAUCUAGUUCAAAGAACAUCAACCAGGUCAAAUUACCGAUACCAACCAAAGAGAGUCUACCGCAGGUGGCCGAAGCGUUAAAGGCGGCUACGUACUUGGAGGACAGCGAUGAACUGGAAAAGAACUUUGAAGGACAGCGGGAUAGUUAUAAGAGAUCACCCAGGAAAUUGGGAACUGAUGAUCUAGACAAAAACUCGGAACUACAGGAGUAUCAAGGAGUAAUGGGACGUCCUGGUGUUGACUUUCCAAUAUUGCCAUCUAUACCGCAUACCGAUUUCAGCUGUAAAAAGGUGAAGAAACCUGGUUACUACGCAGAUCCCGAAACUGACUGUCAGGUAUUUCACAUUUGUGAUAAUGGAAGGAAAGUAUCAUUCUUAUGUCCAAAUGGUACGGUUUUUCGUCAAUCACAUUUAAUUUGUGACUGGUGGUUCCGAGUGGAUUGCGAAAGAUCAAUCGAAUUAUACGAAGAGAGUGCAGAACAGCUUGCAUCUGACCAACGGGUUUUUAAAGAGCGUGCUGAAACAUUGUCCAAAGCUAUGUUAAAAGUACAAACAACAACUCAAACAAGUGAUAGUGAUCGCGUUGUAACCGAACGUUCGUUUGGUCCGAGUACAACUAUUUUCAAUUCCGAAAGCCGACUGCCUGACCGUGCCAGAUAUUUUAGUGACUAUUCGAGAGACGAAAGUCAAGUUCCCGCUGAGACGGGAUCAUUCGCUGGAAAACAGUUUCAAACUAAUUUCAAUAAUUACUAUCCACAGUCCAAAUCACCUGUACAAAAUUGGAACCAAGGAAAUUAUCAAACACAACCUUCGACAACAGCCCAACCGAUUUGGAAUGGCAACUAUCAAAGCAGUACUUAUCAAGCACAGUCUACAAUAACUACACGGCCGACCUGGAACCAAGCUGCUAAUAAUAAUUACCAAACUAGUUCUUAUCAAUCACCACCUGUAACGACUGCACAACCAUCCAUCGUUCAAGCGAUCAAUAAUUUCCAAUCUAGUUACCAACCACAAUUCACCACAAGUGCUCAAUCGGUUCAAGGUGCUUCCAGUUCACAAGUAGCUUACCAACCACAGCCCACUACUGUGGUGUCUCAAACAAACUGGAACCAAGGCAGCAAUAAUUAUCAAACUGGAAAUUACCAAACAAUACCCACCACAGCAGCAACUCAAAUGAACUGGAAUAAUCAUGGUAACAACGGUCUUAGAAUUAACAAUUAUCAGUCUCAUACACCUUCAACAACACAACCAAAUUGGAGCCAAAGUAGUAGUAGUAGUAGUAGUAACUAUCAAUCUGAGCACUAUCAAUCACCGUUCACAACAGAAGCCGCUCAAGCUAAUUGGAAUAAUAAUCAAGGUUCCAACAAUUUACAAACUGAAAAUUAUCAAACAUCACAAUCAACAACACCAACACCAAUAAACUGGAAUAAUCAAGGUUCCAACCACUUAGGGACUUCAAAUUCUCAAAAACAAGCGAUGACUACCUUACCACAAACUAAUUGGAACGGAGCUGUCAAUAAUUUCCAAUCAAAUAGUUACAAUUCACAACCAAUAACAACGAUACAACCGGAUUGGAACCAAGAGUCUCAGACUCUCCUGCCUAAUCUAUUUGAAUCUCAACAACCGACAACUAUGUUUCCAGUUGAUAAUGAACAAACCAUCCCAGCCAAAGAAAGCCAAGUACUCGCGGAAUCAGCUUCAUUUGUAGGCCAUCAAAACUCACCUCGUUUUAAUUUUCAACCAGAUAAUUACUACACACAAACUCCUCAAACAAAUGUACCACCCACCACAUAUCCGGUAACAAGUUCUUACACAAAUGAUUAUUCGCCAAAUGGAGCUUUUUCAUUUGUCGAAUAUCAAAGAUCGCCCGAUACUCCCAUCGCUAGAGAUAGCUCAACUCAAGCUUCUCCAGUUAUGACUACAGUAUUGGACUAUAAUUCGGUCGAUAAUUCCACACUACCACCGUCCGGAGAGACAUUAAUUCCAAAUAUGAUAAACUCAUUACAAUCACUGACAGAUAAUAAUCUACUUUUUGACUUGGAUGGACAAAAUACUUACCCUUCGCAAACGAAUACCGACGAUGAACUGAAUUCCGUCGCCUUGUAUUUUAAUAAUGUAAAAAAUCCACAAGUGACUACUGUUGCUAGUGACUUGCAGUUUAAUCGUUUCGAACAAACGUCUAGAGCAUACACCAAUGGCUUAAGUUCAACUACUAUUGAUUCGGUCGAAACUACUACACCUGUUGAUAAUUUACAUAUACCUGCGAUUUUGACACAGAAUACAAAAGAAGCAUAUGAUAAGCUUUUCAGAAAUGAUACCGUUAAAGAACCAAUGAUCACGUUAAAGUUGGCAGAUACUAGCAAGCCUGUAGAAAAUCCUACAAAUUCGGUAAACCUAGGAUUUGCUCAGGGAUUGAUUGUAAACCGUUCGUCGGUGGAAUUGAGAGAACUAGCUGCAGUAUUUACGCGUGCUUUAACUGCAUACUUGGACGAUCCAGAGAAUUUCCGUAAAAUAUUAGCCGAGGUAAGACCUACGGAACCACCAAGUGUCAAGACUAGCGUUACCGAAGAACAAGAAGUGUUGGAUUUUUCUGACGAUUCAAAACGUCAACGAGGGAAACCCACAGAACCGAGUACAUCAAACCCAAAUUUAGCAGCUGAAAUCAAUGGUAUGACACAAAGUAUUAAUGUACUGACAGACUUAUCAACCAUUGUUCCACAAUACACCUCAUCGCCAUUAAUAGAAAUCACAUCGAAGUAUACUGAAACAUCAAACGCUGGUCUACAAGAAUAUGCACCACUGGAAGAUAGCGAACAGUUACAAUUGGCCGGAAGUCAUUCGUUUUAUUCAAGUAGAGAAAAUAGCAUUCAAACUGCAAAAACUCUAAAACCAGCUGCCUCCACGUUGACAUGGACAGUUUCUCCUUUAAUAGAUACUGAUCAGGACAUAAAAUCUACUACUCUGUCGCCAGUGUACUUCACUACCACCGCAGAAGACUUAGAAACUACUGUAAUUGUGCAAAGGGCCAAAGAAAUGUUCAGUCACUUGAAUGCGUCUGAAGCAGGAGUAUUGAUGAAUGUUAUGAAAACUGCUCAAGUUAAUGAUACAGUUAAAAGAUUGGUUUUACUGUUAGUCAAUGACUCGAACAAAGAGAAUAGCCCAGAGCAGACUAGAAACAAUUUAAUCGAAGCAUUACUGGAGAAUAGGAGUACUGAUCAAGCGUAUGACGUCUCAUCGUCAUCGCCGACGACUACUUUCUUGCCGUCGUCCCCAUCAGAAAUUCCAUUCGGUCAGAGAAUACAGGAAGAUGGUUCGCCGGUACAGGACGGACAGUAUAAGAAAUCUAGAAAAGGUGCUAGGAGACGAGUUGUGCACAGGAGUAGGUCAACUCCCGUUUCCACCACUCCAAUGACCUCGAAUACUUGGCAGGGAGCUAACGACGUGGGUCCGGGGCUGAGUGAUGAUUCUGACGCCCGAGCAGUUGAACUCCUCAAGUCCUUAUACUCGAUCGCAUCCAAAUGGUCGUAGUUGGACGGUUAUCCGUCGACGGUAUUUCCAUUCUGCCUGUGUCAUAACCGUGUGAAAAUCAAAUUAUUUACGAAUCGUCUUUAUAAUUUUAAUAUAAGUAUUUUAUAUUUUUGUAAUCGGUUCGGGAUUAUGAAAAAAAAAAUGAUCAAAGCCGAUAAACCGUAAUAAUCGGACAAAACAAUUACAUUUUACAAUAUUCAUGCACAAUUAAUAAUGCAUCAAAAUUAUAUCCCCAGAUCAGAUUAUUCUUUACACACUACGUGAAAUGCUCAAUUUCAAUCAUGGCCGACUAGCUAUAUAAUUUUUUUAAUAGUUCAACAAUAUUAUUGUGACAAGAAAAUUAGUCGAAGAUACUGACAAAUUUUGGUUUCCAACUCUCAAGAUAUUGUUUACAUAGUGCGCGACCCCGAGGAGGUUCAUCGACUACCUUUCGUAAUGAUAACAGCUGUCAUCGUAAUAAAUUUAAAGAUAAUAUUCUAAUAAUAUUGUUCUACAUUUCAUACCUACUGGAUGAGUGUAUAACUAAUACCAUAUCCAACGAAAAUCAGAACGCAUGUCCAUCUUACCGCUGUGAUGUAAAAUAAUAAAAUAAUACAUAUAAUAUAAAUAAUACCUUUCAUAUAUUUUUCAAUAUUCAACAUUUCUAUAAUAAUCGCAGUUAUUUUUAACAGUCGUCUUUCAUAACGGUCGCUGUACCUAGGUACAUAAUAUCAUGUCUAUUUAGCGUUUUAGAAGUAAGUUGCCAUCGCCUAGUACAGAAUAUUAUUAAUUGUAAAUGUCUCGACAAUAUACGCAUAAUGUAAAUUGACUCUAGUCCUCGGCGAAUCGGUGUGUUACUGUUUUAGGCUUACCUAAGACUUAUAUUCGUGUUGUAUACAUAUAUAUAUAUAUAUAUAUUAUUAUUAUAUAAUUUGCUCAUAUAUCAAAAGUAGAUUUCUGUUAAGAUUCAAUUUUAAUUGUAAUAACCAAACAAUUGCAUACAAUUAAUAUUGUACAACGUACGUAGGUGUAUGUCAUAUUGUAUUUUUGGUAUUUAUGCUUAAAAGUUAAAAUGUAUUUCUCUAUUUAUCUUUUGCACUUUAUUUUAUUUUACAUUAAGUUUAAACCUUAUUUUGCAUACCUACCGAUAAUUAUUAUAAAUACUUUAUUACUAUACUUACCGUCUUUUAAGUUUUAACCAACAUCGAUUAUUGAUCAAAAAAUUUAUCAUCGAUUGAUUGAGAGAAUAUUAUAACUGUUUUAAUCUAUGAGUUAAAAACUGCUUACCUUUUUCAUUUAUUCUUAAACAA